AUGUUACCUGCCUCUUUGAUGCAGUUGUACACCGGAAGCAAUAAAGAUGCUAGAGAAAUCACGCACUACAACAACACCCUGUCUUUCACUUCAUUAGGUGUCAAAGUCAAUCAAUCAGUUGCCGGCCAAAAGGGGAUCCACACCUUCCAAUUGUCAGGACAGCUGGCUCACCAAAUUGGAUCAGCUCUGCCACUGGCGAAUAAGACACCCUCAUAUGCACAAAUCUACGUUGUCGGUGACGGUGGCAAAGCCAAAGCCAACAUUUGGUUCGGUCAUGUUAAGAAGAAGCAGCUUUCAAAAGGGGUUAUGCUGCAGUUACAGAGGGUCUUAAACAAUGUCAGUCCAUACGUGGAUUUCUUGAAGUCCUCCGCCACAAUCCUAGAAGCGUAA